AUGACCCUGCCCGUACCGGUGCCCCGGCCCUCCUACUCUCAGGCCCGGGAGAACCUGGUCAAGGCCAUCCCCCCCAAAAUCAUCUGCCUGCUGGCCUGCGGGGGGAGAGACUGUCGCUACGAGUGCCCGGGCUGCUGGAGACCCAGCCAACAGGCCGUACGGGGGGUCUUCUCCACAUGGGUGACCGAUGGCAUCGUUGCCAUGGCGAGACCGUCUACGGACCUCAUCAGGAGGUACAGCAUCGUCGAGCAGUUCCAGCAGCUGAAGAUCAGGUCCAUCAUCAACAUGCAGCUCCCCGGCGAGCACGGUCACUGCGGACCCCCUCUGGAGCCCGAGAGCGGCUUCACGUACUCCCCGCAGGUCUUCAUGGAGAACGGAAUCUUCUUCUAUAACUUCGGCAUGCCGGACUUCGGCGUGUCGUCCCCGGACGGCAUGCUGGACGCGGUGAAGGUGUUGGCGUUCGCGGUGAAGGAAGGGAGAGUGGCGGUGCAUUGCCAUGCUGGGCUAGGGAGGACGGGGGUCCUGAUCGCCUGCUAUUUGAUCUACACCCUGCGGGUCAGCCCGAGCGAGGCCAUCCACUUCGUGCGCAUCAGGCGUCCGCGCUCCAUCCAGACGCGGGCGCAGAUCGACCUGGUGUUCGACUUCGCCCGGCUCCUCGCCCCGCAGCUCGUGCAGUUCCCCGCCCCCGCCGGCGGCCGGAACGGCGCCCCCUUCGGCCUGCAGCAGUACCUGCACCGCCAGCGGGCGCUGCUGCACGGGGAGGAGGCGCGCCGGCUGAGGAACCUGCCCAAGAUCGUCCACUUCCUGUGCGGCCGGCUGACGGCGAUGGCGCUGGGCCGGGUGCCGUGCCCCGGCGCGCUGGAGGAGCUGGAGCGCGGCGCCGCCGUUCUCAAAAUGGCCGCCGCGGUGAGGGAGACCCUCAUGGCCAGGAAGUUCCUGCCCGUCCUGCGCGACGCCAGGCGCUCCCGGAACGCCUCCGUGGGCUCCCUCUCCUCCUGGGACGACCCGGAGGGAUUCCUGGAGCGCAAGAGGGAGGUGCUGCUGAACAAGAGGAGCUACAGCGAUUCGGACCUCUGCAAGAUCGCUCUCUCCCAGGAUCAAGAUUUUGUGCCUGUUCCAUUCAAAGAGAUUCCUAAAGUUAUCAAGAUGGAGAGCAGAGGAACUGAUCAGAAACACGCAGGCACUGGUCUGGAUGCCCCCAGAAAGGACCAGUGUAAUGGGGUUCCCUCCACUGGAUCUCUUAGGAUAGUCACUUGGAACUCCGCAAAGAAGACCAAGUGCACGACCAAGAAGAAUCCAGAAUUUCCUAAAUCCACCUCUAAUGUGGAGCUCAGUGUACCCCGCCCGUCCGCACCAGCCUCGGAAUCUCAGGCGGUUGCCAAGGCGAUGGCGGAACAGGACCCCCCAGGGGAAGACGUUUCGCGGAGGGUCGCUCUUCUGCAGGAUGAGCUGAAUGGAAGCGAGUGCUCGUGGGCUGCACUGGCGAAGGAGCAGGACCCCACGGUCCUCAGCACCCUGCUGUGGGGCUGGCUGGACAAACUGAAGGAACCUGUUCUUAAAGGAGAGGACGUAGAGAGAAUCACCUCGGGCUCCCAAGGCCUCAGCGGUCCUGGGACACUGCAGAAGGCGCAGGACCAGACCGUUUCCUGUAUGCUGCGCUGCGUGGGUCAGGUGACCGGCCUGUGUCCACAGCUGGAGGGGGCGGUGCUCUGGCGUCUCAUCCGCGCUCUGACCAGGUGCUCGCAAGACGACGUGAAGCAGUACGCCGUGUUAAUACAAGUCUUCAAAGCCGCGGCGAAGCGCUAUCGCUACCACGGCUCAUGCCCCAGAGUCAGAGGCAAAGCCGCGAAGCUGAUCGAGAACAGCAAGUAA